ACGGGCACGCCGCUCCCGGCACGGACGCGGGCAAGGCCUUCUGCAUGUUCUACGCGGUGCUCGGCAUCCCGCUGACGCUGGUCAUGUUCCAGAGCCUGGGCGAGCGGAUGAACACGUUCGUGCGCUACCUGCUGAAGCGCAUCAAGAGGUGCUGCGGCCUGCGCAGCACGGAGGUGUCCAUGGAGAACAUGGUGACCGUGGGCUUCUUCUCCUGCAUGGGCACGCUGUGCAUCGGGGCGGCCGCCUUCUCCCAGUGCGAGGAGUGGAGCUUCUUCCACGCCUACUACUACUGCUUCAUCACGCUGACCACCAUUGGGUUCGGGGACUUCGUGGCCCUGCAGACCAGGGGCGCCCUGCAGAAGAAGCCGCUCUACGUGGCCUUCAGCUUCAUGUACAUCCUGGUGGGGCUGACGGUCAUCGGCGCCUUCCUCAACCUGGUGGUCCUCAGGUUCCUGACCAUGAACAGCGAGGACGAGCGGCGCGACGCCGAGGAGCGGGCGUCCCUGGCCGGCAACCGCAACAGCACGCUCGCCCCCGUGCCCGAGGCGGCGCGGCACGGCCGGCCCCGCUACAAGGCCGACGCGGCGGACCUACAGUCCGUGUGCUCCUGCACCUGCUACCGCCCGCAGGAACACGGCGGCCGCCCGGCGGCACAGCAGAACUCCUUCAGCGCCAAGCUCGCCCCCCACUACUUCCACCCCGUCUCUUACAAGAUCGAGGAGAUCUCACCAAGCACAUUAAAAAACAGCCUCUUCCCGUCCCCGAUUAGCUCCAUUUCUCCCGGGUUACACAGCUUUACCGACAACCACAGGCUGAUGAGACGGCGGAAGUCCAUCUAGGGCCUGGGGAGGGAGAUACAAACGGAAGUCAUCUGUCGUAUCUGGCGUUACGUCUCAUUGGCCCCCCCCCCCCACGUCUUA